AUGGACACAGACACAGGCAUGCACCAAAACCAACACAACAACCAACAGUUCAAAAUCCAGCACAACAACAACAACCAACAAUUCAAAAUCCAGCACAACAACCACCUCCACAACCAGCACAACAACCACCUCCACAACCAGCACAACCAGCACCACAACCAAAACCAGCACAACCAGCACAGCAACCAACAGUUCAAAACCCUGCACAACAACAACCACAACCAGAGCAAGGACAUAAAAGAAGUAGAGAACAAGGAAACCAAGAAUUCUUAA